CAAAAUAUCGAGUUUUAUCAUAUUAAACCCAAAUAAAAGCCCUAGUUCAUUCGCUCACUCGUGUGACCUGUCUCCAUUUCUCUUUCUUAAUUUCUACGCGAGACAACUUCAACUUCAUCUAUGGCGACGGCGGACGAUGGAAGGGCUCCCCACGAAAGCGGGGCAGUGGGAGAAAUGUUUCGAAAGAGACAUUUCCGGCCAGUCCAAGAGCCUUAUAGUAGGGGCUGCUUUUGGACCUGUAGAAAUUGCAUACUGAUGAGAAAUGGAGGUAUUUAUGAGGUUAUGAAUCUGCAAUAUGUUAUACUAGGUGGGAAUUCUGCUAGCAUGUCUGUCACCAUUGGGAUAUCAAAGCUUGAACAAAUGUUGCAACAGAUGACUUUUACUAGUUCUGAAACCCAGCACUUGAUAGCCUUGUUGCAUUCCAGAACCAUGGAGGAGUCAUCAUCAUCUCCUGUUAUAAGGUUUGAAGCAUCAACAACCAGUAGCUCACUGAAAAAACAUAAACAUGGAGUUGUUGAAGAGCAUAUUGCUUUGCCUGCUGAGCUUCCAAAAACACCAAUGACAUCACCACAACACCCAAUGACUAUGGAGAACCUUCCCGACGAGCUUUUUUUAUUAAACAUAUUCAUCCGAUUAUCGGCCAAACAGCUUGCUCAAAUGAGGUCUGUCUCCAAAUCUUGGAAUGCCCUUUUAUCCUAAUCCUUCUUUGUAAAAUCCCACCUCCAUCAUUCCAUCCAUAACAACGAUCAUAUUCUCUUGGUCUUCCAUGGAUCUUCCAACCCUAAACAAUUUGUAGCACACCAGUGUCGAUUUCCUCAUCUCGAGCUCACUAAUUUCAUCAAACUCCCGGUUAACCCCGAACCUGAAUAUACUAGUAUUAGUGUUAUUGGUUCUAUUAACGUCUUAAUAUGCUCUACUUAUGGUGUUUCUGUGAUUCACAUUUGGAACCCUUCUCUCUCGGCCGUGUUAUGUUAAGAUUUAUGGAGUCUUGAAUAAAUUGACAAGUUCCUAAGAAUUCAAGGGCCAUAAAUGAAACUUGUAAAUUAAAACAAUUGAAUAUUGAAUUGGACGCACUAUCAAUUGUUUAAUAAUAUUGAAGUGGACGGCGGCUCUAUUUUGGACGGCUAAAGAAAUCAACGCAUUCUUUUUUUCAAACUUUGCGGCAUAUAUAUAUUCUAGUCAAAUAUAGCGGCAAUUUGUGUAAACAAAAGAAAAAGACUUACGGC